AUGGAUGUGGAAAACACCGAUAAAAUUGAAAUAGAAAGCAUCUGGUCAUUUUAUCACAGGACUGACGUGCCUGGAUACCCCAUAGUAACUGAAUCAGUCGGUAUUAUUGGAGAGGUGGUUGGUCGGUAUGGUCAGCCGACGGCCACAGCUCAGCUGAGUGAGGCGAUUGCAAUAACAAUAGGAGAAGCUCUAGAAACGACGGCCAAGACCAUCGGGGAUAAGGCGGUGGACAAGAAUGACGCGGCAGCGAUUCAAGCUGCGGAGGCUAGAGUGACCGGCAGUAAUGUCGUAAUACAAGGUGGCCUCGCCGACGUGGCUCUAUCGGCGGCGUCCAUUCAUCGUACUAUUAAUCUUGAUGAGAGCAAGAUUAAGCUCGGACGGAUUCUCACCGACGCGACUACGAAGCUGCCGGUAGACAAGGUGGCUACACGGGAGGACGCGGAAGGGGUAGUGAAUGCAGAGCUGCGGAACAACCCGAAUAUGAUGACACAGCCUGGCGGAGUAGCGGCAUCUGUGAAGGCAGCUGCUACACUCAACGAAACUGCUACUAUAUGA